UGUCAGCUGAUAGUGCUGUAAACAGCGAAAAGAGCAGCCGCUUUAAUUCCAUUAGAUUUGCACACAAUUGCUUUUGCGGCAAUUUUUGUUUUGUUGGAAAAAAUAUGUCACAAUUCCAAAAGGAAAUUGUCCAGGCUGUCCUUAUAGCCGACAAUAAUGUGUGGAACUUCAAACCGCUGUCCGAUGAAGGCUCUACGGCGCUGUUGCCGUUGGUUAAUGUUAGUAUGUUGGACUAUGCACUAAUUGCACUAAAUCGCAGUGGCGUCGAGGAGGUGUUCGUCUAUGCCAGCCUUUAUCUACAGGACAUCCGGGAGCACAUCAAACAAGGCAUAGCCACUUAUGCGUCCUGGUCAUUCAUGAUGACCGUUCAUGUAAUCGGCGGCGAGGGUUGUCGCUGCUUUGGUGAUGCGAUGCGUGAUCUGGACGCCAAGGCGCUGAUCCGUGGCAACUUCAUACUGCUGGGCGCGGACACUGUGACGAACGCCAAUCUGCGGCCAGUUCUUGAGCAGCACAAGCGCACGGCUAAGCUUGAUAAGGGGACGGCUGCCACGCUGGUGUUCAAGGAGUGCGCCAGCAGCGCAACCGAGCGCACUGGCAAUGAGCUGCUAAUUGCUGUGGACAAGCAGAAUGCACGACUCCACUACCAUCAGCGGCUGCGCCUGAACCACAAUGAGUCACGCUAUCAGAUACCGCUCAAUGUGUUUCUCAGCAAUUCCUGUGUCACACUGCACCACAAUCUGUUGGAUCCGCAAAUAGCCAUUGGUUCGCCAUCGAUGCUUUCACUAUUCAGCGAUAACUUUGAUUUUCAGACGCGCGACGAUUUUGUGCGCGGCCUGCUAAUCAAUGAGGAGCUGCUGGACAGCCGCAUCUAUGUGGCAAUGUUGCCACCAGCGCAAUAUGCGCACAAGGUGAACAAUUGGCUCUCCUAUCAGUUGGUCAGCCGGGACAUUAUUAGCCGCUGGGCGUAUCCGCUUGUGCCCGACAUGGGCGUUUAUAAGCUGCAGCAACAGUAUGUCUUCAACAAGGACAAUAUCUACAAGAGUCACGACGCCAAUGUAUCCAAGGUGGCGCUGCAAGAGAAUGUCGUUGUACAUGCAAGCAGUCAUGUGGAUGCCGGCAGCACUAUCAGCUCCAGUGUUAUUGGCGCCAAUUGUUGCAUCGGCAAGAACUGUCACCUCAACAAUGUCUUCCUCAUGGCCAAUGUGACCGUGAACGACAACUGCCAGCUGCGGCACUGCGUCAUUGGCUCUGAUGCCAUCAUCAAUCAGAAUUGUAGCAUUACAGCUGGCUGUGUCCUAGGCGCCAAAUGCAUCCUACCGGCUAAUACAAAAUUGACCAACACACUGGUCACCAGCUCACCCAGCACACAACGUACCGAGGAGCAUGAAAUGGUUGAACUGGAGGCCCUUGGAACGUAUGCCUACAUUAUUAGCGAUCUGACAACCGGCGAUCCCGAUGACUCAGAUGCCGAUGAGAAUUUGAUGCCACCGUCUAAGACGCUGUGUAUACCUAAAAUGUGUGAGCUACAGCCGCUGGCAAAGGAUGACAGCGAUUGCAGCUAUUCCAGCGACGAAGAUGAUGCCGGCGAAUCCCGCCUAGCGACCCCGCUGCCCGAUGACACGAACAUCUUCCUGUGGGAGGUUAUCGAUUCGUUAACACGUGGCUUUCGCGAAAAAUCAAAUCCCGAUUUCCUAAUACUUGAGAUCAACUCCUCACGUUAUGCGUACAACAUGUCGCUUAAGGAAGUCAAUUUUAAUGUGGUCAAGGCGAUUUUCGGCAUGCAGAGCAUUGUAGAACCGGCCAACGGUAAUGUUAUGGUUGCCAUUAAUGCUGCACUCAAACAGUUGGGACCUGUUGUCGCCAACUAUAUUAAAAGCGAAGAUGCCAUGCUGGAUUGCUUGAAGGCAUUGGAGGACAUUAGCGCGGAGAACGAGUUGGUGCUUGAGAAGAUCUCGCAGGUAGUGCAUUACCUGUACGACAAGGACUUUGUCAGCGAGGAUGCAAUACUCGCAUGGUACGAGCAGCUGGACAUCAAGGAGCACAUAACGCUUCGGCAAAGCCUCGCCAAACUGGUCACAUGGCUAAAUCAGUCAAGUGAAGAUGAUGAUGAUGAUGAUGACGACGACGACGAUGAUGAUGAUGCGGAUGAUAAAUAGGCAGAUGACUCAACGCUUUCAUCAAAUGCAAAAAUAAAUAAUUUAAAAACGAUUUGUGCUUAUUUGUACAACAUUUUAUUGCGAAACACUCGAGAAUUUGCAUUCUAAAUGAACACUACCACUAAGCAGACAAUACGCAAUUGCGCCCAGAGACUCAGAUGAUGCCUGAUGCCCUUUUUGGCGAUUUGACGCCUAUUGUCUGUUUAGUGACACUACAUAAGAACUAGUUUAAACAAGAGUCAUCUAGUCGAAAUAGCUCAACUAGCAGAUACCCUGUACCCAAGUCUGUCAUUUCACUAAUUUGUACAUGGUUGUUGUUAAUUCAACUAUAUAUAUAUUUAUUUCAAUCAAACGAAUAUAAAAACAAUUGAUAAGAUCUAAGAUCCUUGUGAUAAUACAGACGGACCGCGAAAACGGUUUGAUGCUUGUCAAGAAUAAAGUCACUUUUGUAAAAUUACGCCGGACCAGAAAUUUAUUGCAUUAUAUGGAAAAAUGAUCUACUUCAAAUUGAUCAAUAAUAGUAAAUACAUCACUUGACGGAUGUUUGACCUUCUAUGGGUCGAAGAUGAUUUCUUUUGCCUUAUUAAAUACAAUUGUACAACUUUAUGAUAACCUU